CGCGUCACACUCAUCACACAAACACAAGCCCCAUCCCCGGGAAGACGAGGCGGUGUGUGGCACGUCACGUGCCCCACCCCCCUCCCCACCCACCCGCCUCGUCACCCACCCAUCUCCAAAUCCAUGGCCCCCCUCCCCGCCGCCGCCACCGCCACCGCCUCCUCCGCCGCCACCCCCGCCGACGACGAGGCCCACUCCCUCCUCCCUUCCACCCCCUCCAACGAGGAGGAUGACGACGACCUCGAGGAGCGCGCCUACGAGGCGACCGAGAAGGUCAUCGUCUCGAUCUCGGACUUCCCCGACGCCGACGACGACGAGGAGGAGUCCGGGCUCGCCACCUCCACCGCCGCCUCGGGGAUCCCGCCCUUCUCGUGGAGGAAGCUGUGGCUGUUCACGGGGCCGGGGUUCCUCAUGAGCAUCGCGUUCCUCGACCCGGGGAACCUCGAGGGGGACCUGCAGGCCGGGGCGGUGGCCGGGGACACGCUGCUGUGGCUGCUCCUGUGGGCGACCUCCAUGGGCCUCCUCGUCCAGCUGCUCGCCGCCAGGGUGGGCGUCGCCACGGGGAGGCACCUCGCCGAGCUCUGCCGCGACGAGUACCCCUCCUGGGCGCGCCGCGCGCUGUGGCUCAUGGCCGAGGUCGCCAUGGUCGGGGCCGACAUCCAGGAGGUGAUCGGCAGCGCCAUCGCCAUCAAGAUCCUCAGCCGCGGCUUCCUCCCUCUCUGGGCCGGCGUCGUCAUCACCGCCUUGGAUUGUUUCAUUUUUUUGUCUCUUGAAAACUACGGGGUGAGGAAAUUAGAAGCUGUAUUUGCGAUUCUAAUUGCGACUAUGGCUGUCUCCUUUGCAUGGAUGUUUACUGAUACCAAGCCAAACAUGAAGAACCUGUUCAUAGGUAUUUUGGUCCCAAAAUUGAGCUCCAGGACAAUAAGACAAGCAGUUGGGGUUGUUGGAUGUGUUAUCAUGCCACACAAUGUGUUUCUCCAUUCAGCGCUUGUUCAGUCGAGAAAAAUAGACCCAAACAAGGAACACCAAGUCCGUGAAGCGUUGAGAUACUAUUCAAUAGAGUCAACCAUCGCCUUGGCUGUGUCCUUCAUGAUAAAUCUCUUUGUAACAACUGUUUUUGCGAAAGGAUUUUAUGGCACAAAAGAAGCUGGUAAUAUUGGCCUUGAAAAUGCUGGACAGUAUCUACAGGAGAAGUUUGGUGGAGGGUUUUUCCCUAUCCUCUACAUUUGGGGAAUUGGACUAUUAGCUGCGGGGCAGAGUAGUACCAUAACGGGAACAUAUGCUGGACAGUUUAUAAUGGGUGGAUUUUUGAACUUGAAGUUGAAAAAAUGGAUCAGGUCACUCAUCACCCGAAGCUUUGCGAUUGUGCCAACGAUAAUUGUCGCACUCUUCUUCGAUAAAUCGGAUUCGCUGGAUGUUCUAAACGAGUGGCUAAAUGUGCUUCAAUCAAUUCAGAUCCCUUUUGCCCUGAUUCCGCUGAUAACUUUGGUUUCCAAGGAGAAAGUUAUGGGGGUAUUUAAAAUAGGUCGAAAUACUCAAGCUGUGACCUGGACAGUGGCGACACUAUUGAUCACGAUCAAUGGCUAUCUCUUGCUGGAUUUCUUCUCUUCAGAAAUAAGAGGCCUAUUAUCUGGCUCAAUUCUCUGCGUGGCAGUACUUGCUUAUGCUUCUUUUGUAUUGUAUCUCAUCCUGCGGGGUACCGAGCUGCCAAAUCAGAUCAUCACAACUAUACGCAAGAGUUUUUCAUGACAAAGAUAACCAAAAUUUGGCCGUUUUAAACACCAUCAUAACAUCUCAAACGUAUAGAGAAAUAUGGACUUGGGGAUUGGAGGAGAUACUCACUGUACAGUGACUUCCAAAAGGGUUAGCUGUUUGAGAAGAAGUGCAACUGAUGUAAUCUUCAUUUCAUUUGUUGUAACACCCUGACUGUGUCGUCCUGAAGCAAAGGAAAUACAAAGAGAGAUUAAUGAAAUGAUGAUCAAUGUCGUUGGCAAA